GGACGGAGGACGGGUACCUUCUGGUUUCAGAACUAAUCAAUCAAGGAUGGGCAGCAUCAGAGGAGGUCCAGAGAAAAUGCAGAAGAGGUUAAUUGAGCUGUUGCUGCUAGUUGGUAUCAUUGGUUUGAGUCGCGGGGCCAUUCAGAGACCGGAUUAUGAUGACACACCCAGCCCGGAGUUCCUCAACCCAUCCUGGAUGGCGAGCAUCCCCGAUGAUCAGCCGCUGUCCGAGGUCACGUUGCCGGGGACCCACAACACCAUGGCUCUGUACGGUGGCAUCUUUGCAGAGUGCCAGACCUGGAGCUUAGCCUCCCAGCUCCGAGCCGGCGUCCGCUUCUUGGACGUCCGUGUCCGUCACUUCAAGGGGAACCUCACCAUCCAUCACGGGGUGUCUUAUCAGUGGGCGCACUUUGGCCACGUGCUGGAGGGUGUGGCUGACUUCCUUGGAGAGUAUCCCAGUGAGACGGUGCUAAUGCGUGUGAAGGAGGAGUACAGUGAGACGCAUGACAUCUACGGAGCUGUGGUCGACUACGUCCAUCGCUACGCCAACUGGGACCUGCUGUGGCACAGCCGGCUCGUGCCGACCAUGGGAGAGGCCCGAGGGAAGCUCAUCGUUCUGCAAGACUUUCCUGGGCCAGACUUGGGGAUGCGCUAUGGUUCCUUGGACAUAUCAGAUAACUGGAGUGUACCCACCCUUCUGCAUGUGAAGGAGAAAUGGCAGAGCGUCUUUGAGCACCUGGAGGCUGCACCUGUGGGCAACCAGGCCCAGAUGUUUCUCACCUUCAGCAGUGGAGCUGGUUUGUUUGCGUACCCCAGAGCCGUCGCUCAGCGCAUCAAUCCACAGCUGCACGACUACCUGGGGAACAAGACGGACCUGAACCAGCGCCUUGGAAUCGUAUGCAUGGACUUCCCGGCUGCUCCCAUUAUUCAAAGAAUCAUUGACUUCCAACUGAAAGAGGCCAAAAAGAUCAGAAAGGCCAUUAACACAGUAUUUGGCAAGACAAGUUUGAAAUAUAUAAUUUCUUAA